GAGAGAUGGAGGGAUGACAUAAAGCGAUGCAGAGAGAAGAGGAGAGGAGAAGAGGAAAAAAGGGAAUGCGCUCAGAUCUCUUCAUGUCAUGGACCUGGAAUAUAUUCGGGAUUUCUCCGUUUUCCUGCUCCGCGGUGAAUUUUCUUAACGCGCAGGAGAGCCGUGACUGGCAUCAUCAAAACCUCUGACAUACCCACACACACACACAUUCACACACACACAGUCCCCCACACAUGGAUACGCACGGACUCAAAAGGAGAUAUGAUUUUUAUGUUAUUUAACAAUCAAUUGAGCGAAAUAGGAUCAGAACACCGGUUACGCAUUCACACACCCACGUACGCGCUAUGAUCAGGAGGAUUUGAGGCAUUUUUUCCUUUGCUGCAAAGUUGCGAAGAAAUCUGGGUACUUGAAUCGUGACAGCAUGGAUGGAUUUGGCGCGUUGUUUGGCGCAUUCGGCGUCCGUCGCCCUCCCAGGAUAUUGUGCAGCUGGAAGGUCUUUUUUCUGCUCAGCGUCUUUUUUCACAACUACCUGAGCUCCUUGCUGGACUGUCCGCCCACCUGCACCUGCUCGCCCACGGAGAUCUUCUGCAAUAAGUCCGACAACAGCAGGUUCUUCCCGCUACUGUCCUUCCAGGGCACCGGCAGCGGGGGGAACAGCACCGGGAGCAUCGAGGACCUUUUCCAGAACAUCACCUCCAUACACAUUGAGAACUGGACUGGCCUGCAGACGCUGAGGGAUGUGGACAUGGAGCUCUACACCGGCUUACAGAGGCUAACGAUUACAAGGAGCAAUCUGUAUUCGAUCCAGGCUCGUGUCUUCUCCAAGAACCCCCACCUGCGUUACAUAAACCUGUCCAAGAAUCCCAAGCUGACCACACUCUCCUGGCAGAUCUUUGAACACCUGCAGCUCUUCGAACUGCAUUUAGAGGAGGUGGUGUUUACUUGCGGCUGUGAGAUUCGCUGGCUGCAGCUAUGGCAACAGAGAGGGGAGGCGGGGCUGAGCAGCCAACAGUUAGAAUGUGAUGACGGCUUGAAGAUAAAAGUGCUGCAGGUUAUGAACAUUAGCAGCUGUGACCUGCCAGAAAUCAGCGUCAGCCACAGCAACCUCACCGUUAAAGAGGGGGAUCGAGUAACGGCUAUCUGUAACGGCUCUGGAUCCCCGCUACCUGAGGUGGACUGGCCUGUCAACGGCCUGCACUCCAUCAAUGCACAGGAGGCUAAAGUCUACGACAACAACACCAUUCACUCCAUCAACAUCACUUUGGUCAAUGUGAGCAGAGACGACAACAACUUCCUGCUAACCUGCACCGCCACCAACAUAGUGGGCAUGACCAACGCUUCUGUCCAGCUCACUGUGCACUAUCCUCCAACCAUUUUGAAGCUUUUGGAGCCAGAACGGCGCCAUGACACGUGCAUCGAGUUCACGGUUCGAGGCUGGCCCCACCCCACCUUACAAUGGUUCUACAAAGAUAAGGAAAUAUCCCACACUGAGUAUGUGCGUCCUGAUAUGGAUACGUAUCAAGACUACAUAGAAGGCUGCCUAACCUUUAACGUGCCAACGCACCACAACAACGGCAACUACACACUGGUGGCCACCAACGAGCUGGGUGAGGCUGUCAGCACCAUCUACGGGCACUUCAUGGACAAGCCGAUCGUUGAUAGUUCAGAGACAGAUUAUAUUUAUGUUACCCCGACUAAUGAAACUCACAAACCUGACGAAGAUACUUUCAGGGUGUCCGUAGCAGUGGGCCUGGCAGCGUUUGCCUGCGUGGUUCUGGUUCUCCUCUUUCUCUUCAUCAACCAAUAUGGACGCCGCUCCAAGUUUGGCCUGAAAGGACCAGUAGCAGUAAUAAGUGGUGAGGAAGACUCUGCCAGCCCCCUUCAUCACGUGAACCAUGGGAUUAUCAGUCACUGUACUCUGGAUGGGGGGCCGGACGCCGUGGUGAUUGGGAUGACCAGGAUCCCCGUCAUAGAGAACCCUCAGUACUUCAGACAUGGACACAACUGCAACAAACCCGCCACCUUCCCUCUUCCUCUGUCCCUCUCAGAUGUGCAGCAUAUUAAACAGAGGGACAUCAUUCUGAAGAGGGAGCUCGGAGAAGGAGCCUUCGGCAAGGUCUUCCUGGCUGAGUGUUACAACCUGAGCCCCACCAAGGACAAGAUGCUGGUCGCUGUAAAGACUCUGAAGGACCCCACUCUUGCAGCCAGGAAGGAUUUCCAGCGUGAGGCCGAGCUGCUGACCAACCUCCAGCACGAGCACAUCGUGAAGUUCUACGGAGUGUGUGUGGACGGAGACCCUCUCAUCAUGGUGUUUGAGUACAUGAAGCACGGAGAUCUCAACAAGUUCCUCAGAGCCCACGGACCGGACGCCUUGAUCCUGGUGGACGGACAGCCUCUGCAGACCAAUGGGGAGCUGGGUCUGUCGCAGAUGCUUCACAUAGCCAGUGAGAUUGCAGCUGGGAUGAUCUACUUGGCGUCUCAACACUUUGUGCACCGUGAUCUGGCAACAAGGAACUGCUUGGUGGGGAAUGGCCUUCUGGUCAAAAUAGGAGACUUUGGCAUGUCCAGAGAUAUCUACAGCACAGAUUAUUACAGGAUAUGUGUUCAGGUGGGAGGGCACACCAUGCUGCCGAUCCGCUGGAUGCCUCCAGAGAGCAUCAUGUACAGGAAGUUUACCACGGAGAGUGACGUGUGGAGCUUCGGGGUGAUCCUGUGGGAGAUCUUCACAUAUGGCAAACAGCCAUGGUUCCAGCUCGCCAAUAAUGAGGUGAUCGAGUGCAUAACUCAGGGGAGGGUACUGGAGCGCCCCAGGGUCUGUCCCAAGGAAAUCUACGACAUGAUGUUGGGUUGCUGGCAAAGAGAGCCCCAACAGCGCCACAAUAUUAAAGACAUUCAGAAAAUGCUGUUUACUAUGAUGAAAUCCACACCGGUCUAUCUGGACAUACUGGGAUAGGAAUCGAUUAUGAGGGGAAAGGAGCUGUAUGUAUUCCAAUUUGGACUAGACAUUUACUGCAAUAGAAAUGAGUACACUUGAUCGGAAAGAAAACAAAUGUCUUGGAGCGGAAGCCUGGACUGGACUCACAGCAGUAUGUGAUGGAAACGUGAUUUGGGAUUUAGGAACUGACUGUUCCUAACAUCCAACUGCCUGACAGAUAAGGAUUGGAAAGGACAAACUAAAGUGAAGUACUUUGCGUUGAACUAGAUUGGAAUGAACCGGAUUACAUUGCAUUGCAUCAAAUUAUAAUCAAAUGAAAUGUCUUUGACCUUGCCUAAAUUGGUCGGGGCUUGUUUGGUCCAGUCUUGCUCCAUUUCGGACAAACUCAUGUUCAAAGAAUGGACUAUGAAGAUUGGAUUGCAUCACACCGGACUGAACUGGAAUAACCUGAUUGUACUGGUCUGGUAGAGUUUGAUUUAUUAUCCUUUUUAGGUACCAUUAUUUCCUGUCCUUUACAUCUUCAUUUCAGCCCGUCUAAAUCAGUGCAGCUUCUGUUCUACCUUGAUGAAGCCUGGUAGAAUCUGGCUGAAACUUGGAAUAUUUGAAAAAAACUAGACCUAGAUUGUAUUGAGCUUUCCCUAAACACUUUUUAGUGUCCCUUAGUACGUCAGAUAAGGGUUGGUUUGGCUCAACUAGCUUGGUUUCAACAACCCUACAUUAGAGCAAUCUUGAUUGGUAAUUCUUAUUUGGCUUGUCCUUUUGCCUGGUCCUCAAACAGGAAAUCAUCUUCAACUUCUUCUGUGUAGUAUAGAAGAAGUUCAGAGGGAGAACAUGUAUACAGUAAUCUAAAGAAAUGUUUUAGCGAUUUUGAAAUAAGAUACUUGUGUGUUCUAGGACAUCGUUCCCAGGCUCGUCUAUUUGCCUUGAAAAUUGUACAUGCCUUGGUCUAGCCAUUGUUGCUGGCCAGAUCAGACCUAAUGUCCUUCAUGGAGAACUGGAACGUUUUUUUAUGGUAAACAUUCCCGAAGAUCUUCAUGAUUCUCCACAGACGGAUCUGCUAAAAAUGUCUGCUAGGUAAAUCUGUUAGGACCUACUUUUGGGUGAGGUUCAACACUGUUCAUUGGAACAUUGAAAAAGUGGGUUAACAAGAACGGACAGAACGCAUAAGUCAAACAGCAGCUACUGUGUUUUUAAGUGGCAGUCCAUUUCAGCAUGCUUCAAUGUUUCAUCUCCAAAGCCUUCAUAGAUACACCUUCUAGUACUGGACUUCUGUUAUCCCACUGAGCGGUUCACUUCUGGACCAGCCUGACCGGACCUUCCAAUCCUGAGCCUGGAGGUGUGGCCUGAGUGACCGUCUGUCGCCAUAGAGAUGGACCUAAGUGCCUCCUACUUCUUUCUAAACACUUGGAACUUAAAAAUAUUAGUCUUUAAAAAAAAGAGCACUUUUACAUUUUGUUUACCUGCUUAAAAAUUGUUCACUAGCUGUAAACCUUCCUCGUUUUUCUUACAAACUUUCAGCAGUCGAUGUAUUGCAAAACUAAAAAAUUCAAAAACAGAAUAAAAUUAUGAAAAUAUGAAGAAAACAUUUAACCCAUGGGGAAUAAGCAAACAUGAACAAAAGCAAACUUUUUGUACCAGCUUUACAAGAAUGUUGGAGGUGAAGUUACGUUUUCUGUUUUUAAAAUAAUUCAUAUUCUAUAUAUUUUUUUUAUUUUUUUUUUAUCUCAAAUCAAAGAGUGGACCUCUGCCAUGCUCCAAAGCCAUUGGAAUAUUCUGCCACCGGGUAGGAAAGAACUGAUCACCACUGAAAGACAAACACUUGGCUGGGAUUAAGCUUUCCAGGAUUACUCAAAAGAAGCCUUUUUGUGUAGUGUUACAUACCUGGAUCCACUCUGACGUCAGUGAGCUGUUUGGCAACAGGAAGCCAAAACUGAACGGUAACAACGGAGCUACCAGUCAACGAACAAAAUCUUUUUUAACAGAAUGUAUAUAUUGUGAAUCUCUGUCUUAAGAUAUGUUAACUUAUUUACUUUCUCCAGUUCGAUUAUUUUAAGCUUCUCGAUGUGUUGUUUUAUGGUUCAGUGAAAGCCAAUAGUUAUUUUGAUAAUCUUUCCUUCUAGUUGUAAUUACUGGUAUUAUUUACUUUAUGUAGUCAUGCAAUGUCUUUUCAGCAUUUUAAUAAGAUAAACAACAUUUAAAUCAUCUCUGUUCAUUGUAUUUGUUUUCUCAUGUAUUUAUCAGGGCAGUAGAUGAGGAAAGAUGUGCAGUUAUGGGCCAUUGUUUUAUUAUCCUGCUCAGAGUGCAAGUAUUGUUCUAGGUUAAUGUUUUUAAAGGAACAGUGAACAGUGUUUUGCCUAUUUAGGAUAUGGAACCAUGGAAAAAAAACUACUAGUCAAGCUCCCCCACAAUUUUCUACCAGAACUCAAUAUUUGGCUUAUAUUUCGGCCACUUUGGGAUCCCUUUUCCAUUAUAUUACACUGUACAUUUGUUAUGUUAUACUGAAUGUUUGAUCUAAUACAGUUUGGCUACCUGGUUUGCAAUUAAUUAUGAUCAGAAAAGCACUCUGAGAGGCUUUAAUAAAAACGGUGGUGUUUGCCGUUUUGCCAGAUACUUCUAAUAUACUGUAUACUGUAUAUAGUUAGCCUCACUCACUCAACUGAGCAUGCAGAUAUCUGUCUACGUCCUAACAUGCUCAUUACAUUUUUCCAUGCAGGUGAUUAGGAAACAUUAUGAUUUAAUAUACACCCAUUUGCGACCUAUGCCAUUGGUCCAAUCUCAGCAGGAAUGACCAAUCAGGGCAGGAGGUCAUUAGCUAAACAUUCUAUACAGGUUUGAUAUUCUGUCAAAGGGCAUUUGAUCAUAGCCCAUAACAAUUAGUAAAAACUGUUUCUCAAUGACACCUACCAGCAAUCAAAAGCCAAUGCUCUGUCUAUUAGCUUGACACACAAAACCCAUACUUAACUGUGGAUGAGUCGGAAUAACAGCAACAUGACUGCUCAAUGUGUGUCCUACACUAAGCCAUACCUGUAUUAAGGUGUCACCUGUGUAAAGGUAAAGAACGCGUCCAAAGGCCACAGCGGGAAAAUAACUAAGAAAGGUUUGAUGGUCUGAUACUGUAGCUGUCGGAUAUCUAUAAGUAAGCCACUGUCAUACUAUUCUGUGAACUGUUGUUUGAUAAUCAUGUAACCAAUGUCGUUGUCUCAGAAAUAGUUUCUCAAAGGGACCUUUGUGUUAAAAUAAUUGAACUUUGGAUACACUUGGCAUUAUCUUGGUAACUGAGAGUGCCCCGGAAGCUCACCAGGAAGUGCGGAAAUCUGUGCAUUUCAUAUAAAUGUACCAAGAUUGAGCAGAUGCAUACACCUGUGCUGUCUGGGAAGAUGUUUUGGUUAAGUCUGAUUCCAAUGCAUAUAUGUGCCGACUUGCGUUGUAAGUAUUAAAUUACACAUUUAUGUAAAACAUUACAACCACAAUGUCAGGACGAAAUAGAGCCAAAGUUAUCUUACAGAUUGUUUGAAACAUCAGUGAAAACUUUUCCGGCAUAUCUUUUUAAACCCUUUCAAUAACUACUGUAUGAUACCAUUUCUUGUGUUAUUUAAAGUGGUUAUUUUUGGGUUGAACUGUUACCAUGUCUAUUUCUCACAAGCAUGAAUAUUAUGAAGAUGGAACUUAAGGAGCGACAGGAAACUUCCGCUUCAGUAGCUCUUCGUCCUAUGUGCAGCAGCUAACAGAUUCCUUGUCUUCACACAACUGAAAAUGUCUGUUGGAAAAUAAGACAAUUUAAAAUUGGUUGUGGAUUGGCGGCAUUCAUUGUAUUUAGUGCUUACUGUGAUAUUAUUUCUCUAGAUGUCCUCCAGGAAGUAAGGCUUUACCAGGUUUACUAGUUGCCAUGGGGGGAGCAGCUUUAUUAGAACGUGCUUGGUUUACAAGUGAACCACUUUCUAUAUGAGCAGAAAAGGUCUUUGGACUGUGUGUCGUACGGAGGUCUUUGCAUAAUGGGAGUUCAGUGUAAAUGGUAAAUGGACUGUACUUAUAUAGCGCUUUAUCCAGUCUUUAAGACCCCUCAAAGCGCUUUACAUACUACAUGUAGUUCACCCAUUCACACCCAUUCAUACAGAGCAGUGUAUGUUACUCUAGGAACUAACAUGCAUACACAUUCACACACCGUUGGCCAUGCCAUCGGGAGCAACUCAGGGUUAAGUAUCUUGGCCAAGGAUACAUUGACAUGUUGACUGCAUGGGAUCAAACCCACAACCUUCUGGUUGAAAGACGACCGCACUCCCUCGCAGCCACAGUCGUCCCACAGUGUGUGCUCAUUACCCUAGGGUCGCUUGUAACCAAAUACACCCAGCAAUUGUUAUACUGUAUUUGACUUUGCCAUCAAAAAACGCUCGCAAACAACGCAACAAUUUGCUUUACUUUAUCAGCAAAACUGAUUUUGAAAAAAUCCUACAGUGGCAACCAUGACACCAUUUGUAUUUUCUUUGUCAAAUGAAUUUGUUAUGUCAGUACUGCUGGUGAAAGAAUACUCUGGUAGUGCUAAAUUAGAAAUCAGUAGUAAUAUAUACAGCGUUUCUCCUUUGGCAUAGCAAAACCUGAAAAAGCUCUGGGUUGGAAAACAUAACUUGCUAGAUGCUAGAACUAGGGUUAACUUUUUUACUAUGUUUAAAGUAGAUUAAAUGAAAAAUGCCUUUUAAACACUUUUACAUCACAAUCCCCUGUCAUAUUGUGCAUACUUUUUGUAUCUUUAUAUCCAAGGCCAAUCAUCCUUUUUGUUGUAUAAAACUAAAUGACUUAAUGCUCACGUAAUCUAGUGCCAACCAAUGAUAUUGUGUCAUCAAUCCAUUAAUUAAUCUGACCAAUUUGGGGUGUGUGUGGAGCCAGUUCUCUGUAGCUUUUAACCAUGCAACAUUCUAGGUGUUCCAUCUUUUUAGCAGUCCACCAUUUAGAUUCAACACCCAAGGCCAAUGUAAGAAGUAGCCUGCCUCUCGUAGUGAAUUGAAAAAGUCAUGGUGUUGAGAGAGGGGUGGUAGAUGGACAGGUAGCACACCCGAUUUUCUGGGGUUUGUGGUUGUUUCGAACCCCGAAUUGUUUGGUGUGUUACAGGUGUGUUAAGGUGUAACUUUCAGCACAUAAAAGUUGCAAUGAACAGAUAAUCAAUUCAAAAACCCUGCCACUGAAAGUUACAAAAUGUUGGUAUUGAAAGGAAUUCAGGUCCGAUCAAUAUCAACAUUCUUUCUGGAGGUAGGGAUAAUCUGCGGUCAAAUUCUUCCUUUGACCAAAAAGGAUGGGCAGAAAUAUUGUAUAUGGAAAUCUAGGAAUUGCCAGUACGUUUGAAGGGUGUAGUCUUUGUGAGACCCGAUGGUCUUGUUGUGGGAGGUUUAGCCUACUAGCCUUCACGACUCUUGAGGAAUAAAAUGAGGUAGUCUGGCCAAGAGCGUCUAGUUAUACCCAAUUCAGUUUCUGAGUUCUCCUGUUUACAUAGACCCGAGGCCCUUCUGGACCCCUUUUAAAAUCCCUAUUAGCAUGCUGCUCUAGUACAUGUGAGCUUCCUGGAGGACAAAACCGGUAUUUAAAACACCUCAAACUCUCAAAUAUACCGACUCAUCACGCUGCUAUUGUGUCCUGUACGAUCACAGCUUUAAGCUUCCAUUGAGAGUCUCAGUUAUAUAAUUCAUUACUUCUAAUGGCAUUGGCGUAAGACAAAUAAUUAUUUUUAAUUAAUUUGUAUCAGAAGCAUUUUUCAUUUCCUCAGUUUUUCCAUGCUAUUAUUCAUUCUGACAUGCUCAUGUAGUCUUCCCCUUUCCUAAAGCGUUUUCCUGCAUCAUGUUUCCAAUAUAAAGUAUAAGCCAUCAUUACUCAAUAAUAAUUCAGUGUCUUCUCUUAUGCUCUCUCUCUCUGGGGAACGUGUUGUGUACGUGUAUCUGUCUCCAUGCUAUCAUUUAUAACUAUGUAUUAAUAAUUUGACAACUUGUACAAUGUCUUUUUAAAAAGCUGAGAUGUGGUGAACUUCUAAGGUGGCUUCAUGUAUGAUUGACUCAUUAAACAUUUCUUCAUCUUU